AAUUCUGACUUGAUUACUUUUUGUUGAAUUGUCGCACUCGAUAUAAUAUUAUAAUUAUUAAGUAGAGAAUGAUAUAAUAGUAUGUGUUACUUCCCAGCUUUCGCCAGCUCCUUCUUCUACAUAUUUCUUCCCCUCUACAACUCCAAUUAGUUUACUAUAUAUAGCUUAACAACAAAACGAAACGAAAAAGUACAGAUAACUAUAAACGCCAACUCUUCAGAGUUUUCGUGUUGUAGUGAACUAUGUAAUUAAUCAUGUAUAUAUCCACUUGUCGUUGUUCUUCAUCUUCCAUAGCUGUUUCUAGAAUCUUCUAUUUACGUCCAUUUUCCCGCCAAAUUCAAUCUUCUGUUACUACUUACCGAUCAUCAUUCAGGUGCUCUGUUAAUCGGCGUUUUACGAUCAGUUUAAAGGCUCAGAUUAGGACUGCGAGUCCUGUUAUUGAACGCAAACUCGCUACUAUGGCUUCAGAACAUCCUUACAAAGGAAUAUUUACUAGUCUUCCCAAGACUGGAGGUGGCGAGUUUGGGAAAUUCUACAGUCUUCCUGCUCUAAAUGAUCCAAGGAUUGACAAGCUGCCUUUUUCUAUAAGGAUACUAUUGGAAUCUGCCGUUAGGAAUUGUGACAAUUUCCAUGUAUCCAAGGAUGAUGUUGAGAAGAUCCUAGACUGGGAAAAUACUGCGCCCAAGCAAGUUGAAAUUCCAUUUAAGCCUGCCCGUGUUUUGCUACAGGAUUUUACUGGAGUUCCAUCUGUGGUUGAUCUCGCAUCUAUGCGUGAUGCAAUGAAGGAGCUUGGUAGUGAUCCUGACAAGAUCAAUCCUUUGGUUCCAGUUGACCUUGUAAUUGACCACUCAGUUCAAGUUGAUGUCGCAAGAUCUGAAAAUGCUUUGCAGGCUAAUAUGGACAUUGAAUUCAAGAGAAACAAAGAGAGGUUUGCUUUUCUCAGAUGGGGGUCCACUGCCUUCCGCAACAUGCUUGUUGUUCCUCCUGGUUCUGGUAUUGUUCACCAGGUUAACUUGGAGUACCUUGGACGAGUAGUUUUCAACUCAGAUGGUGUACUUUAUCCUGAUAGUCUAGUCGGGACCGACUCUCACACAACAAUGAUUGAUGGCUUAGGAGUUGCUGGGUGGGGAGUUGGUGGAAUUGAAGCAGAGGCAGCAAUGCUUGGCCAGUCGAUGAGCAUGGUUUUGCCUGGUGUUGUCGGCUUUAGAAUGACUGGUAAAUUGCAUGAUGGGGUGACAGCUACUGAUUUGGUCUUAACCGUAACUCAAAUGCUAAGAAAGCACGGUGUUGUUGGAAAGUUUGUGGAGUUUUACGGUCCAGGACUAGCCUCACUAUCAUUGGCUGAUAGGGCAACAAUUGCAAAUAUGUCUCCAGAGUAUGGAGCUACCAUGGGUUUCUUCCCGGUAGAUCAUAUGACAUUACAGUACCUCAGAUUAACUGGACGGAGUGAGGAAACAAUAACAAUGAUUGAGGAGUACUUGCGGGCAAACAAUAUGUUUGUCGACUACAACGAGCCUCAAGAGGAGAGAGUUUACUCAUCUUAUUUGGAAUUGGAACUUGCUGAUGUUAUGCCCUGUGUCUCAGGACCAAAAAGGCCAAAUGAUCGCGUGCCUCUCAAAGAUAUGAAAGAUGAUUGGCAUGCAUGUCUCAAUAACAAACUUGGAUUCAAGGGAUUUGCUGUGCCCAAGCAGGAGCAAGAUAAAGUUGUAAAAUUCACAUUCCAUGGGCUGCCUGCUGAACUUAAGCAUGGUAGUGUAGUUAUAGCUGCUAUAACGAGCUGCACAAAUACAUCUAAUCCAAGUGUCAUGCUUGGAGCUGGUCUUGUUGCAAAAAAGGCCUGUGAAUUAGGUUUGGAGGUUAAACCAUGGAUAAAAACAAGUCUAGCACCAGGUUCGGGAGCUGUUACAAAAUACCUCCAUAAGAGUGGUCUACAGAAGUACCUGGACCAGCAGGGCUUCAAUCUUGUUGGCUAUGGUUGCACAACGUGUAUUGGUAAUUCUGGAGACCUUGAUGAAUCAGUUGCUUCUGCCAUCACUGACAAUGAUAUUGUAGCUGCAGCUGUGCUUUCUGGAAAUCGGAACUUUGAAGGCCGUGUUCACCCUCUAACAAGAGCUAAUUAUCUUGCUUCGCCACCGCUGGUCGUCGCAUAUGCACUUGCGGGAACGGUGGACACUGAUUUCGAGAAGGAGCCGAUUGGAACUGGAAAAGACGGAAAAAGUGUCUACUUAAAGGACAUAUGGCCUAGCAAUAAAGAAAUAGCGGAGGUUGUUCAAUCAAGUGUGCUCCCUGAGAUGUUUAAGAGCACUUACGAAGCUAUUACUCAAGGAAAUCCUUUCUGGAAUCAACUCUCGGUCCCAUCAUCCAAUCUCUAUGCAUGGGAUCCAAACUCAACCUAUAUUCAUCAACCCCCAUAUUUCAAGGGCAUGAGUGUGGACCCUCCGGGUCCUCAUGGGGUCAAGGAUGCCUUCUGCUUGUUGAACUUUGGUGAUAGUAUCACCACUGACCAUAUCUCUCCUGCUGGUAGCAUUCACAAGGAUAGUCCUGCUGCAAAGUAUCUUAUGGAGCGUGGAGUUCAACGGAGGGACUUCAAUUCUUAUGGCAGUCGUCGUGGUAAUGAUGAAGUGAUGGCUAGAGGUACUUUUGCUAACAUUCGCAUCGUCAACAAGCUCUUGAAUGGGGAAGUUGGUCCAAAGACUAUUCAGAUACCGACAGGGGAGAAACUGUACGUGUAUGAUGCAGCAACGAGAUACAAAUCCGAGGGGUACGACACCAUUGUUCUUGCUGGAGCAGAAUAUGGGAGCGGGAGUUCCCGUGAUUGGGCUGCUAAGGGGCCAAUGCUACUAGGAGUAAAAGCAGUAAUAGCUAAAAGCUUUGAGAGGAUACAUCGCAGCAACCUGGUCGGUAUGGGCCUUAUUCCGCUUUGCUUUAAGCCUGGUGAGGAUGCAGAAACACUAGGUUUGACUGGUCACGAGCGUUACACUAUUGACCUUCCACAGAAGAUUUCUGAUAUAAGGCCUGGACAAGAUGUUACUGUGACUACUGAUAUUGGAAAAUCUUUCACCUGUACUCUUCGAUUUGACACACAGGUUGAGCUGGCAUAUUUUGAGCAUGGUGGCAUCCUCCCUUAUGUCAUUCGGAACUUGAGUAAACAGUGAACUAAUGCCUGGAAGCUCAAAUUGCCUUGCACCAUGCUUGGCCUAUGCUACUGAACUCGUCAAUGUAUAAAAGAUAAGAUGAUAUGUAUUGUAAACGUUUGGGGAUUGUUGAGAUAUAUGGGUUGUAAAUAUUUUAUGAUUGUAAUAAUCCUUCUUCCCUCGUGUAUUAGAUGGCUACUAUGUUGUUAAUAACAUUUGCAACGGCAACAUAAUCCAAAGAAUUUAUGCACUGCA